GAUUAUAUUCAUUGAAUUGACAAUUGACAUACCUACCUAAUCAAACUUUUGUUUAUAAAAUGUAGGUAGUGUGUUGGUUUGAUUAAAAUUAUAAUAUUAGUGCCUAGUAUUUAUUUUUCCUAAAUAGACACUAUAAAUUUAAUAUAUUGAUUUUUAAAAGCAUCAUAGCCUAAAUUUCGCUAAAGUUUCAUUAUAAUCAUAAAUUCCCUACUAAAUCUUAACAAUAAUUAUGGUUGUUGACAUUUAACUGAUAAGACACUUGUUUUUAACAGUAAUUAAUUAUUCAGUGAUUUUGUUAAGUCACUUUUUAUCAGUAAGUUACGUACAUAAAGAGGGGCCUGGCGACAAACGUAAUCUCUCAAUUUAUCUUGGUAAAACGAAGAUAAUAUUGUACUGAUUUAGUUCAUUUUAAUUACAUAUUAUUAUACCUAAAUAAUAGCUAAAAAGCGGUUGACUUUAAAAAUGCAUUAUUUACGCUAUCUUUAUAGAAAUAGUCCACUGACAACACUUCAGAACAAUAUAAGGUACAACCAUGCACAAAUCAAAGAGAAAGUUCAAAGAACACAGAUCAGCAAAGUAUUGAUAGCAAACAGAGGGGAGAUAGCAUGUCGGGUCAUGAGAACUGCAAAGAAAUUGGGAGUCAGGACAGUGGCUGUUUAUUCUGAUGCCGACAGACAUGCUAUGCAUGUUGAAAUGGCAGAUGAGGCUUACCACAUUGGGCCUGCACCUUCCACACAAAGCUAUCUAAAUGCAUCUAAAAUUCUUGAAGUAGCUAAAAAGUCUAACAGUCAAGCUAUACAUCCAGGCUACGGAUUUCUAUCUGAAAAUGUUGAAUUCUGUGAAAAAUGUGCUUCUGAAGAUAUUAUAUUCAUUGGCCCACCACCUUCAGCUAUUAGAGAUAUGGGUAUCAAAAGUACGUCAAAAGCUAUUAUGUCAGCAGCCGGUGUACCCAUUGUUAGAGGAUACCAUGGUGAAGAUCAGAACAUUGAGAGACUGAAAGCUGAAGCCCAAAGAAUUGGUUUCCCGCUUAUGAUCAAGGCUGUCCGGGGGGGCGGAGGAAAGGGUAUGAGAAUCGCAAUGACCGAAUCUGAUUUCCUUCCGCAAUUGGAAUCGGCGAAGAGAGAAUCGCUUAAAUCAUUUGGAGAUGAUAAUAUGCUGCUCGAACAAUACAUUACGGAUCCAAGGCAUGUGGAAGUUCAGGUGUUCGCAGAUAUGCACGGAAAUGCUGUUCAUCUUUUUGAAAGAGAUUGUUCAGUACAGAGACGACACCAGAAGAUCAUAGAAGAAGCUCCGGCACCUGGGCUUUCUGAAGAGACUCGUAGAGCGUUAGGUGAAGCCGCAGUUCGCGCCGCCAAGGCCGUGGGCUACGUAGGAGCCGGCACAGUAGAGUUCAUCCUUCAUAGAGUCACACACGAAUUCCACUUCAUGGAGAUGAACACGCGUCUUCAAGUCGAACAUCCAAUCACGGAAAUGAUAACUGGUACUGAUUUAGUGGAAUGGCAGCUCCGCGUGGCAGCCGGUGAGCCGCUGCCCGUCACACAGGAAGACAUCGUCCGGAAUGGCCACGCGGUCGAGUGUAGGAUAUACGCAGAGGAGCCCGCGGCCGGCUUCCUGCCCAGAGCCGGUACACUGCACAGGCUAACGCAGCCUAUCGCUGAAGAGUUUGUACGGGUGGAAACCGGAGUACGCGAAGGACAAGAAGUAUCAGUGCACUAUGAUCCGAUGAUAGCGAAGCUGGUUGUGUGGGGACGCGAUCGAACCGAGGCACUAGCGAAAACAAAGGCAAAACUUACCGAAUAUCAGGUAGCUGGUCUAGAAACAAACGUCAACUUCCUCCUGCGGCUGAGCGGCGCGAGCGCGUUCGUAGCGGGAGAUGUUCACACAGCGUUCAUACCGCAACACGAGGCCGAAUUAUUCCCUAAAUCCGAUACUGUGCUGAAUGAGGACCGCGCUAUUCAAGCUGCUCUGGGACACCUUCUGGUGUCACAAGCUCAACUUGCCACCAAUGAUAGCUGGAAAGGCAUUUCUGUACCGUCUACCGCUUUCAGACCGAACUACCAGCUACAGAAGACCGUGCCAUUGAGAUUUGAUGAAAAAGAUUUCACAGUCACUGUGCAGUACACGGACGUGCCUAAUACGUAUCGAGUACAAGUCGGCGACGGCGAGUGGAGGAGCGUGGAAGCUUACCUCAGCAGUAAUGACAAGGGCCUACGAUUGAACGCUUUGAUCGAUGACAAGAUCAGCAACAUUGGAUUGCUGACGUACGAACAACAAGUUCACGUGUACGACGAGACAGGGCAAACGGUUUUCGUGAUACCUCAUCCGAAGUUCCAAGCGGUCAGCGGAUCGGACCCAGCUGCGGCUGCGAACAGCGCGUCCUCUCCCACACCCGGAGUACUUGAACGUAUACUAGUUAAUAAGGGGGAUAAGGUGGUGAAGGGCCAGCCUCUGUUCGUGGUGAUAGCAAUGAAAAUGGAGUAUGUAGUACGUUCGCCCCGAGAUGGCGUGGUGGAAGCCGUGGCACCCUUCAAACAGGGUGAUGCCGUUGGCAAGGGAACCCAAGUUGUUAUGCUAGAAGACCAAAGCUAAUAAUCUAAUAAUGACACUAUCUUAUAUGUUCCUACAUGAUUUGAUGAUAAAUCAAACUCCGAUGCUAUACUUUAAGUGUUAAUGAAUUCCAAAGUUUACAAAGAUAAGGGUAGUAGAACGUUUUUAUAUUUUGUAAGAGAAAAUGUUUUUUUGUUUUUAAAUAAAAAUCACAUAAAAUAUUGUUAUUAAUUUAUUAGUUCCAAACUCUGCAUGUUUAUUUGCAGAUUCGUAUAUCCAAAAUCAACCGUAGCGGCCAUAUUAUAAAUAAUUUUAAUUUGGUUCCAAGGCUCAAUAAUCAAAACCUUUAUUAAACUCAACUCACAAAGUACGCCUCGGUGUCACAAAAUAUUUUGUUUUUUUUAGUUUACAUAUACCUAUAUACCUAUGGAUAAAUUUAAUGAAACGUAAAAAAAGUUUUAUGUAAAAUAAUAUUAUGAAUCUACACGGUUUGAAAUGGUUUAAAGCCAACGGUUGUGGUUGUGAGGUUCUCGUGAUAGCCGUGGCCUCUGUAUAAUCGUUAUGUAGCAGUGAGUCGGUCACAGAUUCGACAAAACUUUUGUAUUUUUUUUUUGUGUGAAGAAAUAUUUCGUAUUCUGGAAUCUAAGUUUCAGCUUAAAACAAAAUUACAGUGACACAGUGUAUGAUUCUCACUACACAUACCGCACGCUCUCUCUUUGGUCGGUCUAGAUGUGAUAAGGUGAAAUUCAUUUUUGUUUGAAACAUGUUUUUGUUUAUAAUAUCUGGGUCUAAUUUCUGUACUAGCAUAUGGAUUAUAAAUAAAUAAAGUCAAAUGUUCUGCCUGUAUUUAAAUAAUUGAUAUUGGGAAACUUUUAGAAAAAGUAAAUUACUAGUAAUACCUUAUAUUGUAACGACAGUACAAAUUAUUUUAUUCAUUGAAUUCGUUAUUAUUUAUUUAAAACAAAAACGAUAUAUUUAAUGUAAUAUAAAUUUUAUAAAGUGGUUGUAAAUAAAUAUUUGGAAAUAA